AUGAAUACCUUUCUGAAUAUAAUUACAAAAUUGGAUGGAUUCUUUGUUACUUUCAGCCCUUCAUUUGGGUUAAAAGAAUAAAAAGUAUUUUAUAAAUCAGUUUGGGGUGGAAUGGCAACAAUAAUAACCUUAACAUUUAUAUUUGUUUACUCAAUGAAUUAAUUAAUCAUUUGGGGAUCAGGUUAAAUGAUCUAUAAAGUUUCAACAUAAUAAAAACUCAUUAGUGAAGGAAGUUAUUUAGAAUAAGUUUUCUUAUAAAAAGAUCCUCAUUAAUUUGUUGAUUCAAUAUUUAAUAGCACAAUAAAUCCUUUUGAUAACAAUUAAAUGAUUAUUAUCCCAUUACCUUUUCUCUUUAAUGAAUAAAUUGCAUAUUAAUUAGAUUAUUAAGAAAAGGAAUGA